UACAAUAGUUGGUCCCCAUGGCAACAAGGACGCAGCCCACAGUGCGCAGUGCAGACACCGGGAAGCGCCAAGUUCAGCUCUCCUCGACAAUCCUGCAGUCAUGAGUCCAUGACCGGCUGCGUUCAACGCCCGUGACCGUCUCCACUGCGAACACGCGCUCAGGUGCACUGAUGGAUUUUUAUGUGGUUGGGCUGGUUAAAUGGGUCCUCUCUGUCCUCCUGCUCCUGAGCCCGGGCAGUGCAGCUCCAGGACAAAUUGUGGAAGUGGUGGAGAAUCAGCUCCCUCCUGAAGCCUUACUUAAUCCUUUUGGCUCUGGAGAGGAGGAACACAGAUUGUUGCAGAGUUACAUUCAGUCUAUUCUGAAAAAUGACCAAGGAGGACCAGAGAUCACUUCCUGGGAACAAGAGGUAUUCUUCCUGUUCCGUCUGUAUGACUUUGAUCGCAGUGGAUUCUUGGAUGGUUUGGAGAUGAUGAAGCUGCUCUCUGACUACAGCAAACAUCAUUCAGGUCAAGUGGAUGCCAGCGAGCUGAUAGUGUCCACGGUGGAUUUCUUACUCCACACUCAGGAUCUGAACCAUGAUGGGCUUCUGGAACCCACUGAGCUUCUGUCUCACACACAGGGCUCACGGAUCAACCAGAUAUCUGAGACGAAGCAGGAGGUGGUUGUGCAAAACAGUCUAUCAGCCACCAUCACUGAGGAGGAAAAUACAGGAGCAGCGGAGAACAAACAGCAAGAGGAUGCUCAUGAAAACUUUCAGCCUCAAGAAGAAGAAAUACCUCAUCAGGAAACACGGACGGACAACGCCAUACAGCAAACAGAUGAACAUAAUCAACAACAAAUUGAAGAGGCUGUUGUAGAAGAACUGGAGGAAGUCCCUGUACACCAGGGACAGCCAGAAAUAUAAGAAAGAACGUCCUCCUCCUUUAUCCACCAUAAGGGCUUUAUUGAAUCUCUCUAAACUAUCAAACAUGUACCAGACUAAUGAAAAAUCUUUGCAUGCACUUCUUUUAAAUGUUAUAAUUUCUACUGAUUCAAACAGUAGCAUUAAAGUCCAUCAUUAUCAUUACUGUAACAUGUUUUUCUAUAAAGAUGUUAACACUUUUUUGUAUAUUCAUUAUUUGCUCCAUAAGUAAAAGUCUGGUCAAACUUUUCA